AUGCUGGAGAUGAGGGAUGUCUACAUGGAGGAGGACGUCUACCAGCUGCAGGAGCUCCGGCAGCAGCUGGACCAGGCCAGCAAGACCUGCCGCAUCCUGCAGUACCGGCUGCGCAAGGCCGAGCGCCGCAGCCUGCGCGUGGCGCAGACAGGCCAGGUGGAUGGCGAGCUCAUCCACAGCCUCGAGCAGGACGUCAAGGUGGCCAAGGAUGUCUCCGUGCGGCUCCACAAUGAGCUGGAGGCGGUGGAGAAGAAGAGGAUCAGGCUGGAGGAGGAGAAUGAGGACCUGCGCCAGCGGCUCAUUGAGACAGAGCUGGCCAAGCAGGUGGUGCAGAACGAGAUGGACAAGCUCCGAGAGAAUUCCCUGAAGAAGCGGGCGUCUCGCUCCAUCGGGAAGACCGAGAAGAAACCGUCAGUGCAGGAGGACAGCGCAGACCUGAAGUGCCAGCUGCAUUUUGCCAAGGAGGAGUCGGCCCUGAUGUGCAAGAAGCUGACCAAGCUGGCCAAGGAGAACGACGGCAUGAAGGAGGAGCUGCUGAAGUACAGGUCCCUGUACGGGGACCUCGACAGCUCCCUCUCCGUGGAGGAGCUGCAGGAAUUUUGGGGUGACGUUGCUAAAGAGUUUUACUGGAAGAGUCAGCAUGUGGGACCCUUUCUGAAAUACAACUUUGAUGUGUCGAAGGGGAAGAUCUUCAUUGAGUGGAUGAAAGGGGCGACCACCAACAUCUGCUACAACCUCCUGGACAGAAAUGUCAACGAGAAGAAACUUGGGGACAAAAUUGCUUUUUACUGGGAAGGGAACGAACCUGGGGAUUCUGCGAAAAUCACAUACAGCGAGUUGCUGCACGAAGUCUGUCAGUUCGCCAAUGUCCUCCGCAGCCAAGGCAUGAAAAAAGGAGACCGAAUUUCCAUCUACAUGCCGAUGAUCCUGGAGCUGGUUGUAGCCAUGCUUGCCUGCGCCAGGAUUGGCGCUCUGCACUCCAUUGUGUUUGCAGGAUUCUCAGCAGACUCUCUCUGUGAGCGGAUUCUCGACUGCGGUUGUUCUCUCCUCAUCACGGCAGAUGCCUUUUAUCGAGGGGACAAGCUGAUCAACUUGAAGCAGAUUGCAGAUGAAGCGCUCCAGAAAUGUAAAAACAAGGGUUCCCCUUUGAAAAAGUGCAUCGUGGUGAAGCACCUGGGGAGGGAAGAGGUAGCGGUGGACGGGACGUGCAGCAAGUCUCCCCCUCUCAAGAGACUGUGCCAGGACGUACAGGAAAAAAAGACUGAGAGCUCACAGAGACUCCGUCCGAAGACCCCCUGGAACACAGCCGUGGACAUGUGGUGGCACGAGCUGAUGAGCAGUGCCAGCACGGAGUGCGAGCCCGAGUGGUGUGACUCGGAGGACGAACUCUUCAUCCUCUACACAAGUGGCUCAACAGGGAAACCCAAGGGUGUGCUGCAUACGGUGGGUGGAUACAUGCUUUUUGCUGCCACCUCAUUUAAAUAUGUGUUUGAUUACCAACCUGAGGAUGUCUACUGGUGCACAGCUGACAUUGGAUGGAUAACGGGCCAUUCCUACCUCACUUACGGACCCUUGGCAAACGGGGCAACUAGUGUGUUAUUUGAAGGUGUCCCCACUUACCCAGACAUUGGGCGAAUGUGGAGCAUCGUUGACAAGUACAAGGUGACCAAGUUCUACACAGCACCCACAGCUAUCCGGCUGCUGAUGAAGCACGGGGAGGAGCCCGUCAAAAAGCACAGCAGGAAGUCUCUGAAGGUGCUGGGGAGCGUUGGAGAGCCCAUCAACCCUGAAGCCUGGCUGUGGUACUACUGUGUGGUGGGAGAAGAGAGGUGUCCCAUUGUGGACACGUUCUGGCAGACAGAGACAGGUGGCCACAUGCUGACACCCCUCCCUGCCGCCACCCCCAUGAAACCGGGCUCUGCUACGUUCCCCUUCUUCGGUGUGGUCCCUGCCAUCUUGAACGAGUCGGGGGAAGAGCUGGAAGGAGAAGCAGAAGGCUACCUGGUAUUUAAGCAGCCCUGGCCAGGAAUAAUGCGCACGCUGUAUGGAAACCACCAGCAAUUUGAAACCAUAUACUUCAAGAAGUUCCCUGGGUACUAUGUGACAGGCGACGGUUGCAGGAGAGAUAAAGAUGGUUAUUACUGGAUCACAGGGCGAAUUGAUGACAUGUUGAAUGUUUCUGGCCACUUGCUGAGCACUGCAGAGGUAGAGUCAGCCUUGCUCGAGCACGCUGCCAUCUCAGAGGCUGCGGUGGUCAGCCACCCACACCCCCUGAAAGGCGAGUGCCUCUACUGCUUCGUGACCCUGAGAGAUGGCCACGAGUUCACCAAGAACCUGACGGAUGAGCUGAAAAAACAAGUCAGAGAAAAAAUCGGACCGAUAGCAACGCCUGAUUACAUCCAGUAUGCCCCUAGCCUGCCCAAAACCCGCUCAGGAAAGAUUACCAGACGGAUAUUACGGAAGAUUGCCAAAAAUGACCAAGAUCUAGGAGACAUCUCCACUUUGGCAAACCCGGGCAUCAUAAAACAUCUUUUCAGCAGCAGAUGUGACACUAAAGAGUAGCAGCAUGACCUGUCCCUGCUGAGCAGGUCCCUUGAGUAACUGCUGUCUGCCCUGGGAAGGAAACCUUCACCUGUUGAAUUGAAUGUACAAACGUUACGAACGAGGGAAAAGCUGGCUCUGGAGAGGCUGUGCCUCACUAGCAUGUCCAUGCUUUGGAAGAGUGUGUGCAUCAUGUUCCAGAUGGGUAUCACACAUCUGAGGUUCAGCCUCGUGCACGGAGGGGCUCAUCCUCCUCCCUUUUCAGCUCCUCGUUCUUGAUUUUUAAUUUUUUUGGGGGGGGGUUAAUUAACUUUUUCAUGUAAUUGAGGGACUCUGGCACUUUGCGCACAGUGGGAAGGAACUUUGGGGGUUGGAGGGGAAGUGGUGCUGGAGUUACUCAAUGCAGGCAGGCAAGGGAGGUGCAUCUGCCACUGCCCACGUGCCAGCUAAGCUUCCUUUUCUACUUGGAGUGCUGCAAGCUGUGGGAGAACUUAAAAACACUCUCACAUCAUAACUGUAUAGCUGAGUUUUAGUCUUGCAUCCACUGUCCAAGCCUGCUGCUAGCAGAGGUCCCCUAGCUGGAAAGGGAGUGUGGCAAGGCUUAAGGGAGCUCUAUGCUUUAAACAAGUUUUUUAGAGCAGUUUGGUACCAAGACCUGCUACUUCUGAACUGCAUGGUGCCAGCUGGUGUGUUUUUCCCAACCCAGAGGCCUUCACUGGCCAUAGACAUGGUCUUGGUCUGACAUGCUCCACAGAGCACUGCUUCCACCAGCUCACAGCUGAACUCACAGGCUGUUGCAGCUGGAUGCUCCUUUUGUGUCCUGGGUGCUGUUGAUACUAAAGGAUGGAGGGGAAACCUUUGUUUCCAUGCAGAGGCACCUUUCCCAUUGCAGGCAAACCAGGUGCAUGGUCCCAUGACCAUUCCUACAGCAAAGAAACCAAGGCAGGCAGGGCUGUGUUAAUCCUCAAUGAUGUUUUCUCAUCAGGAAGAAAAUGGUGGAAGAUGUUUAAAGUUAGCUUUUGCUUAAAUCUGACAUGGGUUUAUGAUGAUGAUGAGAGGAAAAAACCCCAAAACCUCUAGCCUGAGAGCCUGAACCUCACAAGGAUACUGCCAAAGCUAUUCUUCUUCAAAUGAAUUACAUUUAACUCCAGCCCUGGGUCAUGCUGGGAAAUCCCUCCCCCUUGUAAUGUCUGUAUAAAAAUUGCAUGUGAACUGUUCAAUUUUGCACUUAAACCAAAGGAGAAACGGGCUUUAAAACUUGCUGCAACAGCUGGUCUGGCGAGUGCCAACAUACAGGCUUUACCUGCAAACUGAGCUGACUUUUGGCUGGGCUGGAAAGGAUGAGGCAACUGCCUCUGAGGCUGGUUGCUCAGGGCAAGUGUUGCAGGUGCUCUGGUGGGCUGUUGUCCAAGUCUCACUUCUUACCUGCUGCUCUCACUGGCAUGGCACUUGUCUGUGAUCUGUAACCUCAGUGUGUGCCAGUGUCCCAUGUGUCCCCCACAGCUCUGUACCACUGGAUCGUGCCACCUUGUUGACAAGGAUUCCUACAUAAUCUCUCCGCCUCUCUUACUCUUUGUCUGCUAUGUUGUUUUGGCUGGAAACAGCUAGAAUUUUAUGCAAAAUGCAAUAAAAUUCAAGAAAACAAAAUGGAAACA